GAUGCGGAUCUCUAUCUGUACGCACACACGGAUUUAAUAUAACACAUGAUACAGUUAUAGUUUAACUUUUAAAAACUCAGACAAUUUUAGCAGAUCAUCAUAUUUUCAUCUGAGAUAAAAACUAGGACGUAAUUUAUACCUGAAUAUAGGAUUUAAAUCCGACAUGCUAUUGGACUAAUAAUAAUAAAACAAUGUUUGAAUCUAAUCUUAACCUGGUUCUAUUGCUGACGUGUGUUACGUGUGUGGUUCGCGUCCACCACGUUGAGAGUUAUGUUGUUAUGGUGUUUUCAUCGGAUAACUUCCAAAGCACGAUUCGAUUUAGUGCAUCAUAUUUCAACUCGUUAUUUGACUGCAUGCUUGAAAAAUAUGUACGUUGUCAGGCAGACUACCAGUAUAACCACAAUUUCAAGAGACACGAAGUGACGUCAGUUAAAAGGUCCAGCAAUACAGAUGUAGCAGCAUAUAUUUGUGAAGUACACAAUUCUACUGUGUGGUCCGGAUAUAUUCUGUGCUCCACCAGAGUUAAUCAAUGUCAAUUGUCUAAUACGUGCAGGUCUUUUACAGAAGGUAUAUUUAUAUUAAACAGCAAUGUUUAUCUGUCUGGUAGCAAUAUCGAGAGCUGCGUAACAAGUUGCGUAAGUCUGACGUUCUACCACAUAACCGCACCAUCCACCAAACCUACAAUAAUAGCUACAACCAGGCCAAGGAUCAGAGUUCGGCCCAUCACAAACACAUCAUUAAAACCUGUCGGAACAACAUCAUUGAACACUGUGAGAAUGACAUCAUUCAAUACUGCCACAAUGACACAUUUAACCAACACAACUAUGUCCGAUACACCUUCAAACAAUUUGUCUUCAUCAACGCUAAUCGGAGUGGUCGUACCUGGUGCUGUGUUUCUUGUUCUAUGUUUUUCUUUUGUUUUUCUUUGCUGGAGAAAACGGAAGUCUCGAAUUGACCAAUCAAACUACAGUCUGUCAUCGAAUAGUAUUCGUUUAACAGAGAAAUCUGUUUAUGUCAAUAACAACAUUGUAACUACAGGAAAACAUAAUCAAAUGGGAUCUAGUCUUGAUCAAAGCAGAAUUGAAACUACAGAGCAGCUGUAUAUAAAUACAAGAGAAACAGCUGGAGACUGUUCUAAAUAUGGCGUAGAAGAUGGUUACACAGAUGUAGAGCAAAGACAAGAUUGUUUCUACACAACAAUCGAAAAUGGGACAGAUAACACUGACAGAUCCAGAUCUCAUGGUUUAAAACGUGAUACUUUGGAUUACAACAAUAUAGUGAUGGAAAAUGUUGUAAACCAGGACACAACGACACUCACAAACACCAAGGUUAAUUCUUGUGGGGGUGUAAGCUCAAAUGUAGACUACAACAAUAUUGUAGAAAACCCAGGCUCGGAAUAUCAGAGACUUAGGCAAGAAAGACGGGAGUUUUUAAACCCGUAUGAUUGUUUUGUAGAAACAGAGAAUAAUAAAGAGUUAUCUCCCUGUUCUAUCGCUGAAUCUGUUUCAGGGGAAACAACUCUGCAGGUAAUCGGGGUAGGGGCAUGGGUAGAUAACUCGGGGGAUAUCAAAAGUAACAGUAAACAUUACCGUAGUCAAAGCAAUACUCAAGAUGGUGAUUCAUUCUAUCAUGAACCUACAUGUGAUGGUGAUAGGAACAUUUUGGGAUAUACCUUAAUGAAUAAAUGGGAUGAGCAGUAA